UUUCAUAAAUAUACUUCACAGUGGGCGAAAAGGGGAUCUGGAAGAGGAAGUAGAGUUAAUAAGGUAGAGGAUAUAGUAUGCUUUCUAUAUGAAAGCAGAGGUUAUUUUGCAAAUAAAUGUCUUUCAAAUGGUAAGAGAAUAUUGGGAGAAGAUAAUAAGACCAGUAUCUGUUAUUCUCAAAUGAUUAAGAAAGGGAGUUCCAUUAUAUCCAAGAAAUAUGAUAAGAUUGAUAAACCAACUGGACCCAAAACAAUAUACUUUUUCAAAGAAGAAGCAAAUAUAGUUAGAGCAAAAGCUAGUCAGAUUACAGAAGUCAAAAGCAAUAAGUUUAGUAGAUAUAGGGAAAAUUCAACCAAAAUAUCUCUUAGAGGUGAGUCUGGUAUUCUUAGUAGCAUAGCGGACAAAUCUAAAUUUG